AUGGUUCAGCUCGACGUUAUCCGUGCAGCCAAUACGGCUCUUUUCCAAGGCCGUCCAUUCGUAGCAGUCUUUGCCGGUGCCACCUCUGGCAUUGGAGAGGCCACCUUACGAGCGUUCGCGACUGCAAAUGGUGUGCACGGCAAAGGCCUUCGAGCAUACGUUGUUGGCCGCAGGAAAGAGCCGACCGAGGAGAUCCUUACUGACUGCUCUCGAUUAUGUCCGGACGGAAACUUUAUCUUCGUGCACGCCAAAGAUUUGGCGCUGCUGGAGGAGGUCGACAAAGUCUGCUCAGAGAUCACACGAGCGGAGAGGGAAACUGCUGGGAAAGAGUCUGCCAGGAUCGAUCUGCUUUUUAUGAGUCAGGGAGACUUCAAUUUCUCGCCCCGCAGAGACACCAAGGAAGGACUCGAGUUCCGUGUUUCACUGCUAUACUAUUCCCGCAUGCGUUUCAUCAGCAACCUUCUGCCCCUACUCCUGACAUCUGACCUGCCUGCACACGUCAUCUCAGUUUUUGCUGCCGGCAUGGAAGGGGAGUUCCAUCUCAACGACAUGUCCAUCCGUGACCCCCGACACUGGGGAAUGCUGACAGUCCGAUCCCACGUAUGCGUCAUGCACACGUUCUUCUUCGAACGUUUGGCAGAGCAACAUCGGGGCAAGAUCAGCCUGGUACAUUUGUUCCCAGGCAUGGUCAUGACCAAGGCUUUCCAGAAUCCAGGGGUGCCUCUGUGGGGCAGGUUGAUGUUUAGGAUCUUCAGACCUAUUCUGAGUGUUUUUGCCACGCCUGUGUCCGAAUCUGGCGAGAGGACUUUGUUCCUUGCAUCUCCGCAAAGGUUUCCAGCAUGUCGAGGAAGUGGAGAUCAGCCCACAAAGGCUGCAUCUGCUGGUGCGCCGAACCUAGUGGUCGCAACGGGGACCGACGGCAAGAUUGGCAGUGGUGCGUAUGCGGUCGACAUAGAUGGAGAAACGUGUCACAAGGCAAAGAUGAUCGAGAAGUACAGGGCAGGGGGAGUGGGCGAGAAGAUCUGGGAGCACACGAUGAAGGUGUUCGACGUCAUCGCAUCGGGGAAUAUUUGGACUGAGUAA